UGAGUCUAGCUACAAUUCGCAGACACAGAGAGUCCUAAAGGAUGUACGCUUUUGCUCUUCUUUUUUUGGUUGCCGGAGCUAUCGCAGCUCCGCCUUUGCCAACAGGUCCGAACGGUGUCUUGAUUAACAAGGAUGCACCAUUAAGUGAUGCUGAAAGAGCUCAAGCUGAUCGAGCUCUCCACAGCCCGGAUCUUUUUGAAGGUGACAUCUUGGGUCUUGACCCGCAAGUGGACAGAAAUGCAAUCAGCAAUGAAAAUAUGAGGUGGACCGGCAAGACUAUCCCUUACGUCAUUGACAACUCUCUUGGAAAUUAUGCCAAUCUGAUCAAACAAGGUAUGCAACAGUACCACGAUCAUACAUGUGUACGUUUCGUUCCAAGAAGCAAUCAAAGAAACUACGUCCGAAUCUUCUAUGGACAAGGAUGCUACUCCAUGGUGGGAAUGCAGAACUAUGGCGAACAGGCUCUGUCUCUUGGAAACGGAUGCCUGCACGUCGGCACCGUCAUUCACGAACUUGGCCACGCUCUGGGAUUCUGGCACGAGCAGAACAGAUCGGACAGAGAUAACUACCUUAUCAUCUACUGGAAUAACAUUCAAAACGGCAUGGGUACUCAAUUCUACCUGAUGAAGCCACACGAAAAUAUUCUAUACAACAACUUUGAUUACCACUCUAUCAUGAUUUACGGAAACUACGCGUUCUCCUACGACGGACGAUCUGCAACCAUGGUAGCCAAGAACAACCAGAGGCUCUACGAACCGUAUGAUAAGAAUGGCAUGACAUGGAGUGAUGUCCACAGAGUCAACAAGAUGUACAACUGCUAGAUAGAGCAUUUUUGCUCGUCCAAGACAUAAACCUUUAAAUAAAAAGCCUUUCGUGCACGCA